AUGAUGAAAAUUUGGAAAUUAAUAAUAUUUAUUAUAGGAUCAAUUAAUUGUAUUGAUCCAAUUGAUAUAGAUUUACUUCAAGCAGUGAAUAUGCCUGGAGUAAAAAGUACACUUGUAACAUUCCAUACUAUACAAUAUUUCAUUUUAGCUCCUCUUGAUACUCAUUUUAUUAACUCUGUUAGACAUGGUGACACCAUGUUAUUCCAGAGGAAUAAUACAAGUUGUUUAAAGAUAGUUACAACUAAUAAUGGAACACAUAGUUUUAUCUAUAUACGUAUCAUUACUCAAAGUCUUUCAGAUCUUUACUUCAGAUUUUAUUUACCUAUUCAUGGUCCACCAGUACUUGGUAGAAUGGCACCAGCUCUAACUACUGUUAAUACACUUUUAAGAUUACUUGCCAAUUCACAUCCAUCACUCAAUCCCAGAGGAUUCAAUAUGUUUGAUAAUUCUGAUCCAAUAGAUGAAGAUGAAGGUGAAGAUAGUGAUAGUGACGGUGAUGACGAUGAUGGAGAUGAUGGAGACGAAGGAGGAGAUGGAGGUGAUAAUGGAGGAGGUGGAUUUGGUGGUGGAGAUGGUGGUAACUCAGAUGAAGGAGGAGAUGACGGAAAUGGUGGUGGAGGUGAUGAAAUACUUGGACCGGCUGCUAUAGGAGCAGUAGAUAUAGCAUUAGGAGAAAUGAAUCAAGAAGGAAUACAAGGAAUGAUAGGAGGAUUACAAGAAUUUGUACCAAACAUACCAGAACAAGAAGGAAAUUCACCAAAUGAAAGUGAAGGAGAUGAAGUUAACCAAGGAGAAGGUGAAGAAGAAGAUAUAAAUUAUGAAAUGGUUCAACAUGAAGGCGAAGGAUUAGAUGAUUCAGGAGAUAAUGAACAAGAUUUGGGAAUGGAUCUGAGUCAAUACGCAGGUUAUUUUAGAAUCAGUACUCUACCAAUUAAUGAACAAAUGGAACAAGAUAUUGAUCAAAAAAUUCUUGAAGAUAUGGAAGAAAUUGACCUACAAAUACAACAAGAAUUAGGUCAAGGAAUGGGACAAAUGGGUGAGGGAAUAGACCAGUUUGGUCAGGGAAUAGACCAAUUUGGUCAAGGAAUAGAACAGUCUGGUGAUGGAAUAGACCAAUUUGGUGGAUUGGCACCAAAUUUAAGUGAACUUUUAGAUGCUUUUCUUGACAAUUUAAUACAACAACAAUUAAAUCCAGAAACUAUGGAUCCUGAGUUAGCUGGUUAUACACAGUCACUUGGACCUGAGUUAGCUGGUCUAAUGGACCCUGUUGGAUCUGACCCAGUUGGACCUGGAACACUUGAACAAGUAGAAUCAUCUGGUAAUGUGGAUACACCUGGUCUAAUGGAUCCAAUUGUACCUAAUAUAAUUGAACAAUUAGAAUCUACUGGAACUAAAAUAAAUGAACCUUUGGAACAAAUGUCACCAGAAUUAGUAGAAGUAGAAAUGGAAUCAGAAGUAGAAUCAGAAGGACAUUAUGACUUAUAUGAUGAAGAUAAAACAGAUACAGAAUAA